UUCUCGUCUCUCGCCUUCUACUCUGGGCUCAGGGCUCUCAAGACUCGAGCUGAGCCAAGCGCUCCUUCACCAACGAGGCCAAGCACUCCUUGGAACCCCCCCCAUUUGCAUAGUCCUCCUCUCAUGGGGAAAGGGUACAAAGUAGGCCUUCUCCCGUAGGCCUAGCUCUCCACCUCUCUUGCAAGAAGAUCCCAAGUAGAACCGCUCUUGGCUGCACGUCCCUGUCUCUCUCGUCAUGGCUUCUUUCGUCUCCCGGGCCUUGGCCGUCUCUCUUCUUGCCCUUCCAACAGCCCUCGCGGGGUCGCCAAAGUCUUGCUUGAAUCCUCAAUUGAGUUGUCACAAUACCACAGCCGUGUCCGAUACUUGCUGUUUCAAUGCGCCCGGUGGUCAGCUUCUGCAGACUCAGUUCUGGGAUACUUCCCCCAGCACUGGCUACUCAAACUCAUGGACAAUCCACGGUCUCUGGCCUGAUCGCUGUGAUGGAACCUAUGAUUCGAACUGUGAUCCUAGUCGUGCCUACACGAACAUCACUGCAAUCCUCGAGUCAUAUGGAAAAACGGAUCUUCUUGCCUAUAUGAACUCCUAUUGGGUGGAUAACACUGGCGACAAUGAGAGUUUCUGGGAACACGAGUUCUCGAAGCAUGGAACGUGCAUCAGCACGUUUGAGCCUAGCUGCUAUACUGACUACACACCGCAAGAAGAAGUUCCCGAUUUCUUCCAGAAAACCGUGGAUCUCUUCAAAACCCUGGACACUUACACGACCCUUGCAAAUGCGGGAAUCGUUCCAUCAAGCUCAGCAACCUACACUUCUGCUCAAAUCCAAGCAGCAUUUAAGAAGUCGUUCGGAUACGAAGUUACAAUUCAAUGCAGCUCUGGCGCGCUAGACGAGGUUUGGUACUCCUUUAACGUAAAAGGUUCCGUCCAAACUGGAACCUUCGUUCCCAUGUCACCUGUAGGAUCGACUUCGAACUGUCCUUCAACUGGUAUCAAGUACCUUCCGAAAUCUGGCAGCCCGGCGCCAACUACAAGCAGUGGUGCUUCCUCAACUUCUACCAGUAGCGCAUCCCCAACCACAACCAGUGGUGCGUCUCCAACUACAAGCAGUCCGACCUCCACUCCCACUGGAGGGAGCGGUACGUUCUCAGGUUCAGGUUACCUGAAUGCAUACACGAAUGGUAGCCAGGUUGGCUGUUUGAUCAGUUCUGGAACAUGGUAUACGAGUGGGACUUGCGCUACUUACACCGCCAAGGCAUCUGAUUCUGGAUUCACGUUGAAAUCGUCGAAGGGCUCAUGCGGGAUCUCCAAUUCACUCUUCACUUGUGGAUCUGGGGUCACGCCUACAGUUUUCACCGCUAGUAACGGAUACCUACAAUACAGCGGGAGUUCCGCUUUCUAUGCUGCUGCUGUUCCAAGCGGAUCAACACAGCAGAAGGUAUACACAACCUCGGAGAGCGUGGAGAUUUCUUUCCAGUGGCAGAGUGUGUGAGGGGAGGCAGAAACUGAUAGGGACAGUGGGCGGGUUCUGAAUGAUAUCAAUGCGGCCCCAACCAAAUCAGAAAAGGAGAGGGCUUCCAGCUAUAUUAUAUAUCCGGAAACCCAGCCAGCCAGACGACCUCCUUGUCUGGAUUGACACCCGGGAUUGGGGUGGUUAUAGCAGCAGAACAGCCAGAAAUAUUAUGCUCAUAAUUUGUACUUCUGACUUAUUUUAUUAAGUGAGAGGAGGCUCCUGAGGAGCCUUAAGUCUUGUAGAGCCAGCCCGUAUAUAGAUGGACCAAAUAGAAGCGUCC